ACCUAGACGACUGGGUCAAAUGGGACGAAUGGCGGCGGGAAGAUGACGAAGUUUUUUUCCCAACCCGCGACCAGCACAACUACGGAGCUAUUGGCCAGAAAUCUAUAUAUCCGCAGCGCAACAUGGGCACUCUUUUUGAGAUCGUGGCACCAAAGCCGGUCCGCGCAUGGAACAACAUAAGCUGGCUGGCUCAUCCACCUGUCGCCCCUGAACAAGUCCACUGGGAGGUGUUUAUCGAACCCGAAUCACCCGUCGUGCAUGACGUCCCUCUGUACUAUCUUCCAAAUUUCUCCGUUGCAGCCAUCUAUGCGACUUCACGCGCGGAGUCGACCACCGUCAAUGACACUGCCAGUGUAUCUCCCUCGUCCUACUUAUCUGCUCUUGCCGUCUCUAUUCCUCCUCUGCGUGUCAAUGAUCCUCAUUCUACCGUUCACGGAACAAAGGCAAUUCGCCCCAGAAGACAAGGGUCGAGAGAAUAUAAGCUGUUCCAGUUUUUACGCGUACGUCCUUUCUCUUAUCUCGCGCCAGCGGUCGAGAUGCUGAUUUGUGUUGUGCAGAUGUCUUAUGAUCAAAAAGUUGCUGAGAUUGAGAGAUUGAUUAGAUGGAUGAGAUCUCAUUCCCAGUGA